GCAAACAACCUGCAGCGGCAGGAACUUUCUGAGCUGCUCCAGCUGCAUGUGUUCAAGGUGCCUUUGAUGUGUGUGCAGCAGCUUCUGGAAAGUGGACUGCAGCUUUCCCACUCGUCAGCCCUCCCUCUCCCCCACCCUUCCCAACCUCCCCUCCCACCACCGCCACUUCAGCCCACACACGCAAUUUGUUUGAGAAGGAGGAAAAAAAAAAAAGAGGGGGAAAAAAAAAAAAAGGUGAUGAAAUGAACGAGAAGUGGUGAAUUACCCAAGCGACUUUCCUCAAAGAGCGAGCGAGCCGGGAAGAGGAGCCGCGGCCAGCCCUGCACAGCCCGCCCGGCGCGCCGGAGCUGCCCGGGAGGGACCCAGCGGGGUCCGUGGGGGCUGCGAGCUUGGCGGAGUGCGAAUGCACCUCCGCGGCGAGAUGCAAAAAGCCUCUUCUGCUUGCAUUUGACUUGCGAUGCUGGCUCCUCACUAGAAUGCAAACCCUUGCACAGGAUGAAAACAGGUCAUUCUUCCAGAAUGCCAGAGGAAAGUUCGCCAAAGCGGAGUCCUCAAAACAUCCCAUACAAGGACCUGCCCCAUAUCAUCAAUGCUGAUGGGCAGUAUCUCUUCUGCAGGUAUUGGAAGCCAGCAGCAAAUCCCAGGGCCCUGCUGUUCAUCGCUCAUGGCGCUGGGGAACACUGCGGCCGCUAUGAUGACUUGGCCCAGAGGCUGACAGCACUUAACUUGUUUGUUUUUGCCCAUGACCAUGUUGGCCACGGGCAGAGCGAAGGUGAUCGGAUGGUUGUCUCAGAUUUCCACGUCUUCAUCAGGGACAGCUUGCAGCACAUUGAUCUCAUGAAGAAAGAGCACCCUGAGCUGCCCAUUCUCAUUCUGGGGCACUCCAUGGGCGGAGCCAUCUCCAUCCUGACAGCUAGUGAGAGACCCAGUGAGUUUUCAGGCAUGCUGUUGAUCUCUCCUUUAGUGGUAGCCAGCCCAGAAGUCGCCACUCCCAUCAAGGUUUUUGCAGCGAAAGUGCUCAACCUGGUCCUCCCAAACCUGUCACUGGGAUCGAUAGAUCCGAACGCAAUUUCCCGGAACAAGAAGGAGAUGGAGUCAUACACAUCUGAUCCUUUGGUCUACCAUGGUGGCAUGAAGGUCUCCUUUGUCAUCCAGCUGAUGAAUGCCAUUGCCAGAAUUGAGCGAGCUCUGCCCAAGCUGACUUUGCCCAUCCUGGUGCUACAUGGCUCCUCUGACAAGCUCUGUGAUAUCAAAGGGUCCUAUUUACUGAUGGACACAGUGCAGAGUCAGGAUAAAACACUCAAGGUGUAUGAGGAAGCCUAUCAUGCCCUCCACAGAGAGCUGCCCGAGGUCUCUACCUCUGUCUUCACAGAAAUACUGACAUGGAUCAACCAGAAGGUCCCAGCAGCUGGAGAGACCAGCCAUACCUAAGAGCAGUUGGGUUUGCAGCUCUUGCUGGCAUUUCCUGGGAAUAGAUGUUUUUCUUAACAGAAAUUUCUGUGAAAAAGAUCCAAUGUGGAGGGACUCUUGGGAUAUUUUAUCGUGCACAGCGUAAGGGAGGGUGGGGGGAGAGGCACAGGGUGGGGCAUUAUUUGCUGAUGUAAGUGGCCAUGGAUUCAAUCUGGAGAAGAACUGAGAGCUGUGGGAGCAGCCAUCAAAGCUUUCCAGGUCAGGUGACUUUACUGAAAAGCCCCUCACCCACCAAACUCCCCCCACCACUUCCCCUUUCUCUGCUUUCGCUGGGUUCACAGGGGUGUAUUUAUACUGCAAUAAUUUUUGGUAUGUUAAAGAAGUCAGUAUCUUCCACUUAAUGGUUUUGAUUCCAGGUGCAUACAGUCCUUUCCCUGUCCCCACCAUCCAGUACCUUAAAAGCCCUGGUCCUUGAGAGGAGAGCAGUAAUGAAGCUGCUGAGUAAUGAGGAGGGAAUAAUGAUGGAGCUGAUGGCUCCCUGAAGGUGAAAGGCUGGUUUUCAAGGUCAGACCUCUUCGGAUACUGCUUUUAUAAACAGGCCUGGCCAGGGAAGAGCAGAAAGACAGCCUCUCCCACCGCCUCUGUGAGUUUGCACUUGGGAAAGCUUGUUGAACAGCUCUUUAAUUUUCAUCAUCAGAGCAAGAUCCCAGAGGGGAGAGGAGAAAUGUGGAAUCAAACUCACUUAGCACAUUCAAAAACCAUGCUGUUCCCAAUGCCAAACCUCAUCUCCUCUGCAAAAUGAACCACUCUGUAAAUAUUCCUAGGGGCUACUUUUUUACCUUCCUUUUUCCCCCCUCCUUUUUUUUUUCCUUUUGGAAUUGUGCUACUGAAACUGAAAAAGCAAAGUCAAAGUUAUAAGAGAAUAUAGUAAUAUAUGAUGUAUAUAAAAGUGGCUGGGAGCUGGGAAAGAAAUGGGAGGAGAGCUUAAAGAAGGAGUUGUUCCUUCUCUUGGCAAAGAAUAAUGUUGUCCUACCGGGAUCCAGUCCUCUCAUCAUAACUUUACAGUCAUAGUCUGUUGUUUUCCUUCAUUAGUUGGAAAAUGUCCUGAAAAUACAGCUAGAGAGAAGUGCAGAGCAUCUGGUGGGUGGGGAUUAGCAGUGGGUGUCCUCAUGGUCCACUGCUUUAGCAGGAGACUCACGGCGUGAGCAGAGAUCCCAUCCAAGCUCAUGCCCAUCUCCUGAUCCACACAGCCACGUCUGGGGCAGAGCAGUGAGCAGAGGGGCUGAGCUCACCCCUUCAGGCAAUGUGGGGAGCUGGAGGCAGAGAGUAGGGUGCAGUUGUCCAUCCCACUUCUCCCUUGCUGCACUGGGGGCAUCCAGGGGCACCAGUGUAUAGAUGUCAUGGAGGAGCUUGGGGACUGGUCCAGCGAUGUAGACAGGCCAAGUCCUCCAGCUGCCUGGGGCUCUGGUAACAGCAGAGUAGUCUUAGGCUCAGUUACGGAGCAGUCUGCCUGGGGUGAUGGCACUAGCUCUGAAUGCUGAAUGGUCUGAAUACAUGUCCUGGCAAUAGCCAAAGUGAAGGGGUUUGACCCCUUCCUCCAGUUCUGUAAGAAGAAAAUGCCUGCAAAUGUUGCACUAGGAGAGAGUGGGGCAUGUCCUCCAGUGCCCAGCCAGCCCCCUCCUGCCUUCCAUGGCAGCAGUGGGAGCCGUGGCCAUGUCCUGAGCCGCCGUCCCCAGGGCUGGAUCCCACCUGUGACAGUUGCAGGGGUCACCCUCCUCUCCUCCCCUUGAAACCAGCUCUGGCAAGAUUCAGGAAAGGGACCUUUGUGCAAUAACAGUCAGAAUCAGGGCUCAGUCCCAGCAGCAUGGGUGGAUGAAGGAUGUGUGGAUGCAGGUUAUGUCCUUGUAAUUGUCCUAAGGGGCCCAAGUGAGGAAAGCUCUUUUAUACAAGAUGAUCCAGGCACCUUCACACUCUUCUUGCCUCUGAAGAGAGGAAUGAGCUGUAGUUCUCCCAGUGAUGCCAGCUUUGAUUCAAAUGUCAUUCCAGUGCAAUCAGCUGCUCUCACCAACCCUUUCUAAACCUCUGGUGACACUUGUUAUGGGAAUGAGAGGUAAUGCAGGGCUCACCUGCUCUACACCUUCCAGCAGCCUAGCUUGUUGCAACUUCUUUUCCUUGAGCAAGAUCCCUCCUUGCCAGAUGCUACUAGGGAAAGGCAGCAAGAACAGAAACACUACAGUAGUGAUAAACCUCACCUGCUUCUUCAGCUGGAAGGGGAGGCAAGUAGGCGUGAUGCAGCGGUGACAGACAUUGCGGGGGUAGGAGCCAGAUGAUGACUUAGGGAUGGGAAUUUUGAAAGCACUUUUUCUGAGGAAGUCAGUAAAUCAAUACCCACAUUCUUUACAUCCCUUCCCAAAUUGACAAGCACUUUGCAGGGUGGGGGUGGGUGGGAAGUGACCCUCCAGCAGGAAGGUCAGAGCCCAUCUGCUCCCUCCAACCUGGCUUCAGGCAGAGGAAAGUCAGUGGUCAGUGCCUUUGCUAAAAUGUGUCCUUUCACCCAAGAAACAUCUGCAGCUCAGCAGAAAUAAAAGGAAGCCAAUUACGUUGGUCUGGGGAAGACUUGCCCCUCUGUCUAGCAAGGCUCAGCAACGGUCUGGGCGGGGGGGAAGCUAUGUUUGAAAAUCAACAAACAAAAAGUUGAACAACAAUAAAAAAAGCCAAAUAAGCCCCAAGCCCUAGCCCAGCAGGGGCUAAUGUCACCCUCAGUUCUCUGAAGAGUUAUCUUCUGAGGUGACUAACACAGGGAAACCUACCCAAAAACAAACCCCUGGCAGCCCACCCCCAGGCAGGCUGAUGAGCAGAGUGGAAGCAGCCCCUGUGCAGGUGUGGAAAGGAGUGUGGAGGGCAGGAGCCUGCAGCCAGUCAGCCUGGGUGGGGAUGCUGAGUUGCAGCGGCUGCAGCUCCGCCUGUGCAUUUCAGCUCAGGCUGCCGGUGCUGAUCCCUGACCCUGCCCGUAAGCUGCUUUAUAUUGACCCAGUUAGGUUUCAGCAUGCCCUGGAGGAAUUCUUCCUUCGCUGAGCAGAUCAGUAAUAAGCAGAGCUGCUGCCAAGGGAAAUGCAAUUAAGCCCUGUUUUCAGAGGGCAGGUACCACUGGCAGGGAGCACAGGCGGCCUUACCGAUGCGCCUUGGAGAGGAGGUGGCACUCACGACUGAGCAAUAGCAACGUGUAACUACUGUAUAUAUCACCACCUGUAGCACUGAGAGACCGCUCCCCACUGCCUAACCCCACACAUUUUCUAUCUGGCCUGUUCUUUUUAUACCACUCACCUUCACACCGCCAGCACAAACCCAUUGAGAUCACAUUUACUUUUCCGGGUAGUUUCUGAGCUUGUCUCUCUUGUUCUGUUGUGUUCCAGUUCAAUAAAAUAUGUUUAUAUAUAUAUAUACAAAUAUAAAAACAUAUAUACAUACACAUGUAUUUUCAGUGGGAAAAAAAACAUAUACAAGUUUAGGAUUCUUAAAGGAAUACAAUGUAUAUUGCAACUAAUAAUAAAGUUAUGUUUUCUGAACA